CUUAACAUGCACGAAUCCUUUUCUCCUUCGCCUCUUCUCCUUCGACCGGUUAGUCUCCGCCGUAGCCGGCACCAGAGCAGGCAACUGGCACUGCAGUUUCGUAGCUGCCACCACCACCACAAGCGCGUCACGCCACUGCUCUGUUCUGCCAUCCGCGGUUCUGCCGUCCGCCUUUUCUACCCGUGACCCAGCUCUGUUCUUCUCCGUUCUCUGGGUACCCUCAAGAGCAAGAUGACUGAAAACAGUAAUAUUGAAGCAGCAGGGAUGUCCGCUAGCACUCAACCAUCUUCUCCAUCGUCAGGUGUUUGUAAGAAUCGGUCAGCUGUCUGGGAUCAUUUUGAUGUAGAGAAUGCUACCAAGAAGAAGGCUAAAUACAAAUAUUGUGGUAGCUUAAUACAAUAUGGGAAUGGAACCAGCUCAAUGGGUGGUCAUUUGAGAAGAUGCAAGCAAAAUCCUAAUAAUGAUUCGAACAAAAGAAGAAAAACAACGACCACACCGACUAUAGAUGAGCAUGGUGUUUUAAAUUCACCCAGUGCUUCCAAAUUUGACCAAGAGGAGGCUCGAAGGGCACUUGUGGAAAUGUUUAUUGGGGAAGAGCUACCAUUUCGCUUUGUUGAAAGCCUGAAAUUCCGAAAAUUUGUACAUGCCCUACAAGCAAGAUUCAAAGUUCCUUCACAGACUACAUUAGCACGUGACAUUGGAGCUCUUUAUGCUGAAGAGAAGAUGAAGUUGCAAGAUUUUCUUUUGGCAAAUUGUGGUAGAGUACGUCUAACCACUAACACUUGGACUUCAAUUCAAAAUUUUACUUAUAUGAAUUUGACAGCACACUUUGUUGAUUUUGAUUGAAAAUUAUAUAAAAAAAAAUACUUAAUUUUUGUCAAGUGACAAGUCAUUCAGGAGAGGUUAUAGGAGCAACAAUUGAAUCUUGUUUAAAUAAUUGGAAUUUGAAUCGGGUCUUUAGUGUGACA